CAUCCUUGUUUUAUUCCGUUAUCAUGUUAGAUUGGAAUUAUUCAAUUUCUGCAAAACUUAUGUAUCUAAAAUCAGGAAUAGGUUGAAAAAGGAUGCAUUUUAAAAUAACACUAUAAAAAAAUUACUAUGAAAUCAAUUAUUCAUUCAAUCAGCCAAUCAAUCCAUCCACAUUCUCUUUACCUAAAAAAACAAACGAAAGAAAAAAGUCCGAGAGUAAAUUAUUAUAAAGAUAUAUAUAGUUAAAUGGAUCCUUACUAGAUUUCCCUCUGAAAAAAAUAAAUAAAUAAGAUGUGAAGGUUUUCUUGAAGAAAACGCUAAGAUUGGGACUACGUAUUUUCACAAAAAAAGAUAGACAAUUCUAUAUGUAAAUAGAAAAUAAAUAAAGUUAUUUUUAAAGAAGAAAAAAGUGUCAAAGCAUUAGAGCCCGAACAAAGCUCCGAGGUGGCGCUGCUUUGUCAGUAAACAGCCAGCACUCCGACGCAGUGACGGUGAAUCUCUGACGUUCAGACGCAGCGGAGAAAGGACAGCUCCGCGGUGCUGAAAGUCCGAUCAGAGGCCCGGACACGUUUUUUGCCAUUUUUUUCUGGAUUAUUCAUCACAUUCUGGUUUUGGACAAACGGUGGCAACGUACAGAUAAUCUUGUCGGAGGAGAGAAGGAACAUUUCAGAUAUUUCUCUAUAUACACCAGCGUGAUCUCUGCGUUCUGUUGCAACAAUGGAGGCUUUCAGACGGUACGUUGUUCCCGGUGUUUUUCUCGUCUUUUCAAUCGUUCAGCUCGUUUCAACCUCAGUGACUCAUUAUUCUAUACCCGAAGAAAUGAAAGAAGGUUCAGUCGUUGCUAACCUCGCAUCUGAUCUGAGACUGGACGUGAAAACACUGAACGAGAGGAAGAUGCGGCUGGAUAUCGUUGCGAACAAGAAAUAUCUGGAUGUGAACAAAGAGACUGGAGAGCUGUACAUUGUAGAGAAAAUAGACAGGGAAAAUAUUUGCCCCUCAAAGUCUUCAGCAUCUUGUUAUCUGCGAUUGGAAGUAACGUUGGAAAACCCAGUCAGAAUUUUUAAUAUUGACGUGGAAAUUUUGGACAUAAACGACAACGCCCCGCAAUAUCGCAGAGACACUAUUUAUCUGGACAUAUCCGAAGCGACGCCAAAAGGAGAGAGAUUCUCGCUCAGUAACGCAGUUGAUCCAGACGUUGGAUUAAAUUCCGUGAAAACAUAUCAUUUAAGUGAAAGUGAAUAUUUUAAUAUUGAGGUACAGACUGGAAGAGAUGGAUCAAAAAAUUCGGAACUGAUUUUAUUAAAACAGUUAGAUCGGGAGCAGCAGGCCGUCCAUCAUUUAACACUGACAGCUGUAGACGGAGGAAAACCAGCUCGUUCAGGAACCGCCAGCGUCAUUGUUCGUGUUUUAGAUACAAAUGAUAACACGCCUACAUUUGACAAAUCCAUGUAUAGUGUUAAAAUCAUGGAAAACUCUCCUAUUGGAAGUUUAGUUCUUCAUCUGAAUGCGACAGAUUUAGAUGAAGGAUCCAAUUCAGAUAUAACUUAUUCAUACAGUUUAUAUACAUCAGAGAAAACACAGGAAACUUUUCAUCUGAAUCCAACUAGUGGUGAGAUUACUGUGAGGGGAAUGUUGAACUAUGAAGAUUUCAACAUCUAUGACAUGGAGGUGAUAGCAACAGACAAAGGAGCCAACAGUUUAUCAGGACAGUGUACCAUAAAGAUUCUAGUGGAAGACAUGAAUGAUAAUCAUCCAGAAUUAUCCAUCAAAUCCUUUCAGAGUCCAGUGAGUGAAGACAUCAAGUUAGACACAGUGAUCGCUGUAGUUAGUGUGAGUGACAAAGACUCAGGGGAAAAUGGAAUAGUUGAUCUUCACAUUCCUGAUAAUAUGCCUUUCAAGCUGAGAGAGUCCUCUGAUAACUAUUAUGAAUUAGUGGUUUCAGAGGCGUUAGACCGUGAGAAGGUCCCAGAAUAUGACAUCACCUUCACUGUGACAGACAGAGGUUCUCCUCCUUUGUCUGACAAUGAAACCAUGACUUUAGAGCUGCUGGAUGUCAACGACAAUGUCCCACAGUUCCCAAAGUCCUUUUACACCAUCAGAGUGAUGGAGAAUAAUGCCCCCGGGGCCCUGCUGGAGUCUCUGAGUGCGUUUGACCCUGACCUCCAUGAAAACCAGUAUCUGGUUUACGUCAUCAUAGAGAAGGAGAUCGCUAACACCUCCAUGUCCAUGCUGUUCUCCAUCAAUCCAGAGGACGGGAAACUUUACGCGCUGAAAACCUUUGACUAUGAGAUUGAGAAGGAGUUUCUUUUCCACAUCGAGGCCAGAGACUCUGGCUCUCCUCCUCUCAGCAGUAAUGUGAGCGUCCACAUCAUCAUUGUGGACCAGAACGACAACGCUCCUGUCAUCGUGUCUCCGUGGCGAGCACACGGCUCUGUGGUGGAGGAGAAGAUUCCCAGAUCCACAGAUAAAGGCUCCCUGGUUGCCAAGGUGAUCGCUUUGGACACGGACUCUGUGCACAACUCUCGGAUUACAUACCAGUUCCUGCAGGUGACUGACGCCACCUUGUUCAGUCUGGACCAAUACAACGGAGAGAUCCGGACCAUGAGGAUGUUCAGUUACAGAGACCCGCGCCACCAGAGACUGGUUGUUGUUGCCAAGGACAACGGGGAGCCGGCUCUCUCUGCUACAGUCACCAUCAAGCUGUCCACAGAGGAGACUGCUGUUAAGGCCUACUCUGACAUGACUGAGGUGCCUCUGGAAUACGACAUCUUCUCAGACCUCAACCUGUAUCUGGUGAUUGGUCUGGGCUCGGUGUCCUUUCUCCUGCUCAUCACCAUCUUGGUCACCAUCGUGCUGAAGUGUCAGAAAGCCAAGCCCAGCAAAGCGGCUCCUCCCAGCAGGAACAGUGUGAUCAGUGAGAGGAACUCCACCAUCGCAGACUCCACUCUGGUGUCCAACGAUGCCUACUGGUACAGUCUGUUUCUGGCAGAGACCAGGAAAGGGAAGCUGGUGGUUAGACAGCCUGUGCCAAAGGGCUCCAGAUACAUCGUGUCCAGCAUUCCAAGAGGGACAGGACUCACAGACACUAGUGACUCAGCUGCUUCUACCCUCCAGGUAUUUAUGCUGAAUCAUGUUUGGCCAAGGAGCCAUGAAGAGAUAAAAGAGCCAUAUGUGGCCCUGGAGCAGCAGACUCCUGGGUUAAGGUGA